AUGGACAAGGGGCUGAGAGGAGCAAGUCCAAUGUGGAAGAUGACAUCUGACAAAGUGAUGCUGCUGCUGUUUGAGACGCCCUCUGGAUUUGCAGUUUUCAAUUUUUUUGCGACGCUCAUUGAACAACCAAAUGCCCUGGAGGUUGUUUGGCUGAGGCAGUUUCAAACUAUAGAGGACAGUUCUAGCGCCAUUAAUCAAAGCACUGGUGUUAAUGGAAGUCUUACUGAGAUGAUCAUGAAGUAUCACUGCCCUGGGCAGAGAAUGGCUGUUGGAGAGUCUGGAUAUAAAAAAAUCAUUGAAGAAAGAUUGAAAAUAACCUGCGUGUAUGAUCCAACUGUGAUGGAGUUAAUGUGGGGCAUACAGAUUCGUAUGAGACAAUUGGUGCCUAGAGAAAAGUCGUAUCUGCAUGAAUCUCAACUUCUCCCAAUGAGUCAAGGACUACAAAAUGUCUUGAGUCGUUAUGAUUUUAAUUAUUUCAACCCGGACAUGCUCAACGAAAGAAUUCUUAUUAUGGCUUAUGCCUUGUUUGAGUGUGACUCAUUUGAGAACGAGAAGUCUGGAGACUUGCACCAUGUAGCUUCUGUCAUUAAGGAUGUGUCUGGCAUCGAAACUGAUGCUUGGGACUUACCAAAAAUUGCAACAGCCGUGAGGAGGAUAUGGUGCCCUAAAGAAGCUAGCAAUUCUUGUGAGUUUUCAGAACACGAGGUAAAGAGGUUGGUCAAUGAUGCCGAUAAAUAUGAAGUUAAGCUGGAUAAGGAUGCUUGCUUGAAAGUCUCCAGACAAAUGAUAACAGUUUUUCAUUUUAGGAAUGAUAAGAAAAUACUAUUGAAAAAAUAUAUUGCGCAAGCUCUGGACGCAUAUGAAGCUGAAUAA